AUGGGGUGAGAGCAAAGGCACAUAUACUUUAGCCAUCAGUUCUAGUUCAGUCAACAAUAAAAAGCGAGGGGAAUUUCAAGCAAUAAAAACUCUCUUUUCACUUCACUCUCUCUUCCCACAAUGGUCGGAGCGUGAAAAUCGUCAGUUGUAGAGGAAAAAGGGAACACAUCUCGACUGGAAAGCCACUGAAUCCUUUUGGUCAUCCUCAGCGAGAGAUUUCUCGCUGACUUGCACCGAAAAGUGUACCGUAAAUCAUCAGAGGGAUUUCGUCUGGGGGAGAAAACAACAACAACAACUACAAAUGGCCAGUGAGCGAUUUACUGUGAUCUUGAGGUAAAACGGUGACGAGGAUUUCAGGUCUAUACAGCCAGUUCCGCACGGUUUAAGGAUAAUCAGUGUGUCAGUUUGGGCUUUCUUAUGUAAAACAGCUGUCUUUGAAGGCGGAUCUUUUGGCAGGUUAGUUCAGAACGGUGGCGGAGGAGCUCAGACACAGACAGCGCGCGAGGCAGAGAACAGCUCUUGACGGAAAAGCGGAGUGUCUGGAGACGAGCUGAAGUGAAUAUUCACACGCUUACCGAGCGGAUUCAAUUUCAGAUGACUUCGAUAAAACGACGCCGUGCCUUCAGUUUGGUCAGUUUGGACACACUUUGAAGAGGAUGAAUGUGGAAAGUAACGCGAGAGCAAGUUGAAGUGUACUUUCAUGAGGGAAACAGACCGUCAACAUUAUAUCACAGGAGAGGACCAUAAGAGCUUUAGAAGAAGGAAUUAUCAUCUGUAGAUUGGGAAUUGAACAUAAAUUGUGGAAAACCUCUCUGUAUGGUUAGAGCUUUCUAAUACUUAUCUAUCUAAAGGUUUUUUUUUUUUUUUACAUAUUACUUUUAAACUGAACUGAUUGUUUGGAAUCUGAGUUACUGACUUUGAUGGAUUCACAAAGGAAAACAAGUUUUCUUUUUUACUAAUUCAUCCUCACCUCUCUUUGGUAUACAAUAACUUUUAGUCAACCAGCUAAAAUUAUAAAGAGCUACAAUGAAGCAACUUUUCAAGUAAAAAUACGGAGCUUUUUUUUGUUUGUUUUUCUGAAAGACAAUCAUUGCUACAUGAAUUUAUAUUGAAAGACAAUGUCUGGUGCCACUUUUGGACUCAGCCUUGUGCUGCUGUGCAUGGCCGGGUUUUGUUGCGCUAUCAGUUCCAUCGACCCGGACCGGCCAGGUUCUGAAGGGAGAUGCCAGGAGAUCGCUAUUCCACUCUGUAAAGACAUUGGCUACAACUUGACAGUUAUGCCGAACUUAAUGGGACAUGAAGAUCAAAGUGAGGCGGCAAUAAAGCUGCACGAGUUUGCUCCACUGAUUGAGUUCGGUUGCCACAGUCAUCUGAAGUUUUUCUUGUGCUCGCUCUAUGCUCCCAUGUGCACGGAGCAGGUAUCCACACCCAUCCCAGCGUGCCGAGUAAUGUGUGAGCAGGCAAGGCAGAAGUGUUCUCCCAUCAUGGAGCAGUUUAACUUUCACUGGCCUGAGUCACUGGACUGUUCCAGACUGCCAAAUAAAAAUGACCCCAAUUACCUUUGUAUGGAGGCACCUAACAACGGCACCGAUGAGCCCCCAAAGGGCUCCCACACUCAGCAGCCAGACUCCCGACCCCCUCGGCCAGGUAACAGCCAAGAACUGCCGAUAAAGGAGAGGGUCGGUAAGACAACAUGCAGCAACCCCGGAAAGUUUCAUUACGUUCAGAAGAGUGAGUCCUGUGCCCCCAAGUGUUACUCAAAUGUCGACGUGUACUGGAGCCAGGGCGACAAGCACUUCUCCAUGGUGUGGAUUGCCGUCUGGUCCAUCCUGUGCUUCAUCUCCAGUGCUUUUACUGUCCUCACCUUCCUCAUCGAUCCACAGCGCUUCAAGUACCCCGAGCGGCCGAUCAUCUUCUUGUCUAUGUCUUACUGCGUUUACUCUGUGGGCUUUCUUAUAAGACUUUUUGUGGGGGUGGAAAACGUGGCCUGUGACCGUGACAGUGGCGUUCAGUACAUCAUUCAGGAAGGCUUGGAAAGCACUGGCUGCACUAUAGUCUUCCUCAUUCUUUACUACUUCGGAAUGGCCAGUUCCCUGUGGUGGGUCAUUCUAACUCUCACGUGGUUCCUUGCUGCUGGGAAAAAAUGGGGUCAUGAGGCCAUUGAAGCCAACAGCAGCUACUUCCAUCUAACGGCAUGGGCCAUACCAGCAAUUAAGACCAUCAUGAUUCUAGUUAUGAGGAAGGUAGCGGGCGACGAGCUCACAGGGGUCUGUUAUGUGGGCAGCAUGGAUGUCAAAGCCUUGACGGGUUUUGUUCUUAUUCCCCUCUCUUGCUACCUCAUUAUUGGCACUUCCUUUCUACUGUCAGGGUUUGUGGCACUCUUUCACAUCCGUAAGGUCAUGAAGACCGAAGGAGAGAAUACGGAUAAGCUGGAGAAGCUGAUGGUUAGGAUCGGCGUCUUCUCUGUGCUUUACACGGUCCCUGCCACUUGCGUCAUCGCCUGCUAUUUUUACGAGAGUCUCAACAUGGAUUAUUGGAAGAUUCUAGCAGGAGAGCAGAAGUGCACUGAGGACAGUAAGAGUGGAGAGGAGUGUGUGAUGAAGAGCUCCAUCCCAGCCGUGGAGAUCUUCACGGUUAAGAUUUUUAUGUUGCUGGUAGUGGGCAUCACCAGCGGCAUGUGGAUCUGGACCUCCAAAACGCUGCAGUCGUGGCAGAAUGUUUUUAGCCGCAAACUUAAAAAGAAGACAAGGAGGAAGGCUGCAUGUGUUUUCACAGGAAGUGGACCUUACCUCAAGCCUCAUCCUGCACUGAAAGGACAUAAAACCAAGUACGAACCGGCAGGUCCUCCUGCGACCUGUGUAUGAGCUGGGCCUCUAUACAAAAAGCCAAGAAAUUAUAAAGUAAAUGCUGGACUUAAAUGAACUGCAAAGAGACAAGCCAGCAAAUGACACAACAAUGCUCGUAUUUAUUUUAUGCAAACUUCAGAUGCAACGUCCCCAACAGGUUUUUUUAGUUCUUGGUGCUUGUAGUACAUCUGAAACUUUGCAUAAUUUGGGAACAGUUUUGUGAAACAAAGAAAAAGGGAGUGAGUCCAUGUUGCUGUCAUUUGGAUGCCUGUAUCAUGUCACGUGCAAUAGUUGUUUCCCUUAGUGACAGACAGAUAGGGACUGUAGGGCUGUGAUUAAAGACAAUGAAAGGACUCAACAAACAAUGGGUGUGAAUGGCUCGGGGAAAAGCAGCUCCUCCGUGGCGUAGUCGUGUGGCUUUUCUAUGGAAAUGAAGGCUGUGUUAUACACAACUGCACUGACAUUGAAGUGCAGCUGCUCAAAAAGGCCUCAGCAGAGAAUGAACUGCCUAUUUUUAGGCCUUUUCAUGGAACAAAGUAAAUCUUUAAGCACUAAAUAUUGCCAACACAAAGAGAGAAACUUGUUAUUUGAGUUGUUUUAUACAGUCAGUUCAUGCUCUCUGGUUUGUUUCAUUAUACCAAGCUCUUUUUAAUAUCCUAUAUACAUUUGUGUAUAUUUCUAAAGGUUCAUAUUUUAUAAGAAUAAAUAAAACAUUUUAGUUUUAAAUGUUUGCAAUGAAAAGCAAACGCUUUUAUUAUUUGUUGAGUUUGAAAAGUUUUUGUCUAUGACUUUCUUUUUUCUACAGAACACAAAAGAAGUCCAUACAAUGACAGUCAGUGGGGUUGACAACAAUACUGUACCCAGACUUUCAUUGUAUGGAGAGAGAGAAAAACACUAAGACAUUUUUCAAAAUAUCUUCUUUAUUGUUAGAAUAAAGAAAGGGUGAAUUAUUUCUUUUAAAGGGAUACUCCACCCCAAAAUGAAAA